AGCAACGGCGUCGGCAGCCCCGCCCACCUCGACGUGCGCCUCGACGUGCUCUACGCGCCCGAGAUCGAGGUGGAGCGGAGCUGGGUGCACUCCGGGGAGGGCUACGAGGCGCAGCUCGUGUGCAUCGUCCACGGCCAGCCGCCUCCGGAGCUGAUGUGGUACAAGGACGAGCUGGCGGUGGAGCCGUCGCCGCGCCGCCUGGUGGAGAGCCGCGGCAGCCGCCACGCGCUCACCGUGCGCGACGUGCAAGGCGCCGACUUCGGCAACUACAGCUGCGUCGCCGACAACAGCCUCGGCCGUGCCAAGAAGCACAUGGAGCUCUCAGUCAACAAGCAGCAGACCACACCGGUGCUGCGGCCCGAAGAUAAGCGCGUCCUCGAAAUGCGGGUAUACACAUCAAUGGAACUUGUGUCUGAAACAGAAAUGAGUAAAUCUCAUGUACUUGUAACAAAAGGGUACAACACGGGUUAUCGUAUAACAUGUGAACACGAGGAUAAUUUUAGGAGAAACGAUCUGCACCCCGACAGUCAGGCAGACAACCAGUUUGCUCUAAAGCAAACGACUUCACUGUGCUUUCACUUCCAUUGUGCAGCAACCCUUCGUGAAAUAGUCCCUUCGCACGCCUCCGCCCUGAGUGGUGGGGCUUCCGCCGCCGCAGCCCUUGCAGCUUCUGCUAGCGGCCCGGGCAUCCCCCUCCACGCCGCAGCACGACGCGGCCGAUUUGCCCCCUCGGAGCAGACGCGCCUUGAAUUCGACAGCGGCACCGCGCGCCUCGCGGUGAGCCCGAAAUUGUCCGUCAGUCACAUUGUUCGUCAGUCCGCCUUACUCGGAGUGGCCCCCGGGCGGGCGGCUGUGCCCGCAGGUCGGCCGGGCCCCGCGGAGUUCCUGAGCGCGCCCUUCAGCCCCGCCGCCGACAGCUACAACCUCACCUGGGUGGUGGAGAGCUACCCGCCGCUCGAGGAGGUGCGCCUGCUCUACCGACGCCUGCUGAUCGUGGCUGACAAACGUAACCGAAAGCGCAAGUCAGAAUCUGGGAUUGGAGAGUUGGCUGAGCAGAAUGGCGGGAAGCGGGGAGGAUGGCGAGGGUAG